AUGUCAACCUCCAACGCCCACCACACGCCUGUAAAGCAGGCCAUCGACGCGGUGCACGCCACCCAUCCUCCCGCGGGACAGCGAGGCUACCCCUUCUCUCUGCCCCAGCGCAACCUCCUAGUCAUCGUGCUGGGCGAGUUCUGCGGAACAUUCAUGUUCCUCCUCCUCUCCUUCCUCGGAGCCCAGACCGCCAUAGUUACCAACAACCCCGACGACCCAGCGGCUACACUAUCCCCCGAUAGCUUGCUCUAUAUCGCUGCUGCCUUCGGCACAGCCAUCACCGCCAAUGUCUGGAUCUUCUAUCGCGUUAGCGGCGGCAUGUUCAACCCUGCGGUCACCCUUGGUCUCGUUCUCGUCGGAGCAGUCAAGCCGCUUCGAGGUCUCUGCAUCGUACCCGCCCAGCUACUCGCUAGUAUCGCUGCCGCUGCCGUGGUAUACGGAGUCCUCCCCGGCCCUCUCCGCGUCGCCAACACUCUGGGCGGCGGCGCCACUGUGCCCCAGGGCUUCUUCAUUGAGAUGCUCCUGACCGCGCAGCUCGUCUUGACGGUCUACUUCCUCGCCGUUGAGAAGCAUCGCGCGACAUUCCUUGCACCCAUUGGCGUUGGUAUCUCCGUCUUCAUCGCCCACAUCACGGCUACGAACUGGACCGGCACUUCAAUCAACCCUGCUCGGUCCUUUGGUCCGGCUGUUAUCAUUGGUUUCGUGAACUACCACUGGAUCUACUGGAUUGGCCCCUUUGCAGGCGCCCUCCUGUCCUUCUUGGUGUAUGCUUUGUUCAAGUGGCUUGAAUACCAGACUGCCAACCCUGGACAGGAUGACGAUAUGGAGAAGGCUAUUCACCCUUCUCUGCCUGUUGACUCGGCGCACAGCGGUGGAACUGAACUUGCCCCUGAGCACGCCAAGGUUUAA